ACAGAAUGGUCUUCCCUACUAAUGCGGCAGUGCAGGUGAACUAUGUACAUGUACGUGUUUGUAUGGAUGGAGGAUGGAUCUCUCGCUUGAAAUGGGCAUUUGGGGAAGGCUGAAGAAUAGAAGGAAAGACACGAGGAUGGGCGAAGGAAAAAAAAGACACCUUUUUCGGCUUUCUUAUCUCCGCCAGCCAACCAACCAACCAACCACAAAUAUUCCAUGGCCUCGUUUAUCCACAUUACCAAAGGGACCUGGCUGUAAGCUCGCCAUGCACAGAAGAGGGUUAGAAGACGCUCGUUGAUCAGCGGCCUCGUAUCGAUUUCACUCAGUUUGUCCAACGUUGACGGAAUAACCGUCAGGGUCUGUACAAUGUGGGGAGUACCAUGGGCCGGGAUCGUCUUGAGUGUGGUGUCGCAAGUCUCAGCCGGAGCCCACGGCAGCGGCUCUCACAUCGACCUGUUGGAAAUGAUUCACUUGCCGCUAAACGAAGCGAAGAAUGUCCAUCCCAUCAUCGAUCCAGAGGAUGGCUUACCUGCGUAUGGUCUUCAGCGCGGCUCGGAUAUCAUGUCCCCGUUUGGCUUGCUCCACCCCAGGAACACAUUCUUCGUUGACUUUGUCAUCACGGCACGAUACAAGUCCUUGGAUCCACGGGGCGGUUUCUUGUUCGCUGUGGUAGAUCCAUUGGGGCGCAUUGUUCAACUCGGCCUUCGAUUAUCGCCUGUGAAGGAAGAAGAUCAGUUCCAGAAGAUCCAGAUCUAUUACUCACAGCCAUUGAGUUUAGGCACGAGACUAGAGCGAAACAAGUCCAAUGAUCCAGUCGCAGAGUUUCGCAUCAAGACCAACCCACACCAACCCAAAUGGGUGGACCUACAAAUUCGAAAAAUUGGGAUGAGCUUUUCCAUGACCCUCAAUUGUGAGCCAAUCGCCAUGGAGGCCUCCGGUAUGCAUGUGGACUUUCAGCGACCAUUGCUCAUUGAUUUAGGAGCCACCCUCCACAUUGGGCGAGCCGGGCCUCACAUCAUGGGCGAUUUUGAGGGAUUGAUUCGUGAACUAAGCGUCUUCGAAGGCAACCCACCGUCCCUAAGCACUUGUGACAUUCCCGACCGCAGAAAAAUGGGAAUACCACUUCGAGGGCCACCCGGUCCAAUGGGCCCGAGGGGUGCCCCCGGUCACAGCAUUCAAGGACCACCUGGGCCGCCAGGACCACCUGGACUUCCUGGACCAAUUUUUUCUAUCAACAGUGAAGAAGAACAUGGAACAGAGCGAGUGGUUCGUUAUUCUGCCAAUGCGUCCAGUUCUGGCAGUUAUUGCGGCUGCUCUGAAACCACUAUCAUUUCCUUGGCCAAUCAAAUCAGGCAAACUCUUUCUCCUGGCCCCAAAGGAGAGCCAGGCGUUUUUGGUAGUCCUGGACCGGCAGGGAAGACAGGGUUGAGGGGGCCCAGAGGUUUUCGGGGUCCUAAAGGGGAAGCCGGCAUCAAAGGCGACCGCGGGCACAAAGGCCUAAUGGGACAAGAAGGAACCCAAGGGGAUAAAGGCGAACCGGGAAAAGAUGGAUUUUCCGGCUCGAGUGGACCUCAAGGCCCUCCAGGCCCACCAGGUCCCCCAGGUUUGGCAACUGCUUACGAU